AACCUGACACUUUUACCUCCAUGGAUCCCCUAAACCUCUCUUGGUACAAUGGUGACAUCGGUGAUAGGAACUGGAGCAAGCCACUCAACGAGUCCAGUGCAGACCAGAAGCCUCAGUAUAACUACUAUGCCAUGCUGCUCACCCUUCUCAUCUUUGUGAUUGUUUUUGGCAAUGUGCUGGUGUGUAUGGCUGUGUCCAGGGAAAGAGCCCUUCAGACCACCACUAAUUACCUGAUCGUGAGCCUGGCAGUGGCAGAUCUCUUGGUAGCAACGCUGGUCAUGCCUUGGGUGGUCUAUCUGGAGGUGGUUGGUGAGUGGAGGUUUAGUCGAAUCCACUGUGAUAUCUUUGUAACCCUGGAUGUUAUGAUGUGUACUGCCAGUAUCCUCAACCUCUGUGCCAUCAGCAUUGACAGGUACACAGCAGUAGCGAUGCCCAUGCUGUAUAACACCCGCUACAGCUCCAAGCGCAGGGUCACGGUCAUGAUUGCUGUGGUCUGGGUGCUUUCAUUUGCCAUCUCCUGCCCUCUCCUCUUUGGCCUCAACAACACAGAUGAGAAUGAGUGCAUCAUUGCCAAUCCUGCCUUUGUUGUGUAUUCCUCUAUCGUCUCCUUCUACGUCCCCUUCAUUGUCACCCUGCUGGUGUAUGUGCAGAUCUACAUCGUGCUCCGGAAGCGCAGGAAGCGCGUCAACACCAAGCGCAGCAGCCACGGCCUGGACUCGGACAUGAAAGCCCCUCUGAAGGACAAAUGCACUCAUCCAGAAGACGUGAAGCUCUGCACAGUUAUUGUGAAGUCCAAUGGGAGUUUCCAGGUUAAUAAACGCAAAGUGGAGGUGGAGAGUCACAUGGAAGACCUGGAAAUGGAGAUGGUAUCCAGUACCAGUCCCCAUGAGAAAACCACUAUCAAACCAGCAGCACCAAGUAACCAUCAGCUGGUCGUGCCACUUUCUUCUCGUCGGGGCACCAACUCAACCCUGCAGGCAUCUUUGGACAGCCCUGGGAAGCUAGAGAAGAAUGGACACACCAAAGAAGCACCCCACACAGCCAAGGUCUUUGAGAUCCAGUCUAUGCCCAAUGGCAAGAUAAGGACCUUUCUGAAGGCUGUGCACAGGAGGAAACUGUCACAGCAGAAGGAAAAGAAAGCCACUCAGAUGCUGGCCAUUGUACUGGGUGUUUUCAUCAUCUGCUGGCUCCCAUUCUUUAUCACUCACAUCCUGAACAUGCACUGCGACUGUAACAUCCCCCCAGCAAUGUACAGCACCUUUACCUGGCUUGGAUAUGUCAACAGUGCUGUCAACCCCAUCAUUUACACCACCUUCAACGUUGAAUUUCGCAAGGCUUUCAUGAAGAUCCUCCACUGUUAAAAGUAAAAGAAACAAAACGGCAGCCAGAUUCUUAAAGAAUGAGGAAAAAAAACCCAACCAAUGCCAUUCAUGCACACUAAGGGGCAGCCCUGGGGAGGUCUGAAGUUCUUGUAUUGGGCAGGAGGCCCAGAGCAUUUCACCAGUGCCAUGCCCACACAUCUCCUGGGGGGGAUGGAGGGAGGACCUUGACAUGGGAGGUUCCCUCAUCCCUCGAGGUGACCUUUGGACUCUGGGACACCAACCCCAAGGGCACUUUUCAGAGCCACCCUCACACUGUGGUUAAAGUGGAAGCAAAAAUCAAGACCCACUCUCUUGAUUCUUGCCUGUGGCCAUCUAACCUCGAGUGCAUUAAACACAGACAGACAACAGACAGAGCCACGUGCAGGCCCCUGCCACGACAGGCUGGUGUCUGACAUCAUUGACACAAUUCUCACCAAAGACAAGACCACAUUUUCUGCUUUGCAAUAGGAGCAGACAGACAGAGCUUGUGGAAACUCCACGCAACGGCUUUGCCUUCACCUCGAGCUGACUUACCCACCACUAAACUGCUGAAACCUUGAGAAUAAAAAUCUUCAAGAGGUCCCCAGGUGGGCUAAGAAGGAUCUGCCAUCUACAGAUCCAACCCCUGCAACAAUGUGGGCCUACAAGAAAUAGGCAGAAGGAAGAAGGGGAGCACAAGUCUCAUGUGGGACCACUACAUCAAUGUAAAUAUGAAUAAAUAGGAUUAACUGAGUGGAAGCCCAAGCCAAAAACCAGAUGGAGAGGAACUGAAGAAGUGAUACCUCGUAUUGCAUGGCAUACAUUCAGGCCAAACAGGACAGCAACUAUCAUCUAUUAUCAGCCAGCCCAGCAGCAAUUUCAGGCCACCAGCAUUUCAUCUCCAGUCUUUUAGAAGAAGUUACAAAACUAGCGAGGAGUUUUAGUGUGGUGAACGUAGACACAUGGAGACAUUG